GUCUGGUGUGUCCUCUGGAGGUGUCAGUCAGUUCAGGGAGUAUCCAGGUUGCUCGAGGCCAGACAGCAGUAUUGCCCUGCACCUUCACCACUAACGCUGCUCUCACUAACCUUAAUGUCAUCUGGAUGGUCAUUCCUCUUUCCAACGCCAACCAGCCUCAACAGGUUAUUCUCUACCAAGGAGGUCAGAUCUUUGGUGGCGCACCCCAGUUCUAUGGGCGAGUGGGGUUUGCUGUGACAAUGCCAACCACCAGUGCCUCCAUCUUCAUCAACAACACUCAGCUAUCAGAUACUGGCACAUACCAGUGUUUGGUCAACAAUCUUCCCGACCGAGGCGUCAGGAAUAUUGGAGUCAUUGGACUUACUGUUUUGGUUCCUCCUUCUGCCCCACUUUGCAGAAUCCAGGGGUCCCUGGACGUGGGCAGCGAUAUCACACUGACCUGCAGCUCGGAAGAAGGCAUCCCCCGGCCAACAUACCUCUGGGAGAAACUGGACAAUGUUCCCAAGUUGCCCCCAACUGCCACACAAGACCAAGUCCAGGGCACUGUCACUCUCCGAAAUAUCAGCACUGUGUCCUCAGGUCUUUACCAGUGUGUGGCUUCAAAUGCCAUUGGAACCAGCAGUUGCCUUCUGGACCUGCAAGUCAUUGCACCCCAUCCCCGAAGCAUUGGCCUGAUUGCAGGAGCAGUGGCCACAGGCGCUGUUGUACUUCUUGUUUGCAUUGUGUUGGUGGCCGUGGCUUUGUUUUACUGGAAAAAUAAACACAAAGAAGAAGAAGAAGAGGAGAUUCCCAAUGAGAUAAGGGAGGAUGAUCUGCCGCCCAAAUGCUCCUCUGCUGCCAAGACAUUCCACGCCGAUGCAUCUUCUUCAGAGAAUGACACCCUAACCUCCUCAAACACCUAUAACAGCCGCUACUGGAAUGACCCCAAAGCCAACCAUGCCACAGACUCCUUCACCCGCUUCAGCAACAGCAACGAUGCCCACCAGCCCCCCUUCUCCCGCUCAGGGAGCACGAGCACCCGCCCUGUCUAUGCCAAUGGUGGCCACCCAUCCCCAGCUCCCCCUAAGACGCUGGUGGUGACAGCCAGCACGGCACCGUCCCCUCAGGACGUGAUCAGGAGCAACGGCUCGGGCAGCAGGAAGCCACGGCCACCACACACCCGCUCCUAUGCUGUCAGCCAGGCCACGCUGGAGCGGAUUGGGGCUGUCCCUGUCAUGGUGCCUGCCCAGAGCCGGGCUGGCUCCCUUGUGUAGGGCCACACUGGUGGCUGAGAGCCAAGCAAGGGGCCUCUCAUACCCAGUGGGGCGAAGAGACCCUACUCCUUCCUGAAAAGUGGUGAGGCAGCAG